AUGGAUCCAGAGUUGCAGGCUUUGAGAGAAGCCAGAUUGGCUGAACUAAAGAGAAGUUCCGGUGGCCCCGGCCCCGGCGACAGAGACGGUAGCGGCAGCAGUAACGGCGCCGCCAGAGAUGAACCCGGGGCAGGAGCGAUUGGUUCCCUGAUCGCUGGCCAUCUGCAACCACAGGCACUUGAGAGGUUGACCAGAGUCUCUUUGGUUAGGCCAGAUCGUGCCAAGGCUGUCGAGCAGUAUCUUGUACAGCUUCUCAGACAGGGUACAGUAACACACAAGAUUACGGAAGAUGAAAUCGUUCAAAUCUUACAUGGCGUAGCCAGAGAACAAAACAAGAAGAAUGAGACCAAGAUCAUAUUCAACAGAAGAGAAUUGGUUGGCAACGAUGAAUUGUUCAGUUUUAGUACCAAAAAUAGUAAGGCCAAUGAUGAUACUGAUGACGAUGAGGAUGACUUCUUUGAUUGA